CUUAACGAACAGUUUUAGAAUCCUUACGACGAGAGAGGCAAAAAGGAUAAAACAGGACGAAAAACGCCGGCUGUAUGAAAGUCCCUGUGAGUGUACUGUGGCCUUUAUUAGUCGAGCGAUUUAAGCGAGCCUGAGCUAUCAAUAUGAGCUCAACAUUGGUCGCAGAAGAUAAAGACCUCAGCAGUGAUAACAAAAGCACCGACAAGAAAGAAAUAGAGAACGAAGAACUAGAAAACAUGAUGAACGCAGAAAACAAAACUCAAGAUGCAGGAAACGAAGCCAAAACUGAUAAGGCAGAAGAUGAGACGCCGGUAACAGUAGCUGCAAAAGCAGCCGCUUUAGUCGAAGAAGGACGUGAAGUUAAACCUAAGAAAAUACCAAUUGGUGGCAUCAAAAUGCCUGGAUUUUUCACUAGAAGCAAAUCCAAGGAGAAAUGUAACAAGGAUUCCGAAAACGAUGGAGCCGAUAAUGAAUUAUUAGAGGUCGUACCGCAAGUCGAUGCCAGUUGCACUGAAAAGAAUCCUAAAGCUGAGGAAGCACGUAAAUCUAACAACAGAUUAUCAUUAAAGAUGACCAAUCCCUUCACGAAACGGCGAUCCCAACCACCAGCUGCUACUGAAGGUGAAGAGCCAAAAGCUCCAACUUCUAAUGAAGGUAAAGAUGGACAGCCUUCGAAAGGCCGGAUAUUAUUGGCGGCUAUUCGUGGUCCUUUAGAAAAUGUACUGAAGCGUGGACCAAGGCCAUUAGAUGCUGAAAAAGGAGCAGCCAGAGCCGGUUUGGCUUCCAUGGAGACACUUGAUGAUUCUAAGGAUGGACAGCAACCACUAAGUGAUAAUAAAGAAGACAAUAUGGAGACUGUAAAGUUGGAUAAGGAGAAAGCUGAUGAACCAGAUUUUGUUCAGUUAACAUGGAGAGAGACAUUAUUAAAAUUCAAGUACCCAAUUGCUGUAACUCUUUUAUUUUUGUUGGUUUUGAUAAUUAUAUUAUGUUGCUUGCUUGCUGGUGGUCCUGCACCUCCCAGCUCGGCACCAGUGCGCGAAGGAAAAUAUGUUGAGGCGGUUACUUCUUGUGGAAUGGUUGAAGGGUUACUUGAAGAUAGUGCUUUUGCUUUUCGUGGAAUUCCUUAUGCAGAGCCACCGGUCGGUCCACUACGUUGGGCUGCUGCUAGUCCUCUGAACUCUUUGGAUAAAUGUUGGAAUGGAACUUUCGAAGCUCAUAAUGCUACCAGGCCAUGCUGGCAGAGUUAUGCUAAUGGAACUAUUGACGGAGAUGAAGAUUGUUUGACAUUGGACGUUGUUACACCGCAUGUUAGAUAUGAUAAUCCGUUACCAGUCGUUGUUUUAAUAGGUGCUGAGUCCAUGAGUGGAGGUUCUACUGAUAAACUCAGGCCAUCUGCGCGCUAUGCUAGAUCUCGGGACGUAGUUUUUGUUAGACCAAAUUUUAGAGUUGGUGUUUUAGGUUUCUUGGCCGCAGAAAUUUUAACCAAAUCCGUUCAUCCACCAACAUCUGGUAACUAUGGUCUUUCGGACAUUUUGGCUGCUUUGGAUUGGGUGCAAAUGAACAUCAGACAUUUCGGUGGUGAUCCAGAACAAGUAACAUUGCUUGGACAUAAAUCUGGAGCUACUUUGGUCACAUUACUAGCUACUUCCAAAUUAGCUAAGAAAAAGUUUUCACGCGUCUGGGUAGCUUCAGGCUCAGCUAUUUUUCCGGGUCAGCCAUUACGCGAUACCGAGUUGGCCAAUGAACGUUAUCUUCAACAAAUAAAGUGUAGUGAUGUUGAAUGUCUUCGAAAUGCUGAAGCUGAGGAUCUGCUUGAAGCAGUUCCUGACACUUGGAGAAAAUCUUCUCCUGAUCUACCAGGUGUGCUGGAAGAACCUGAUAAGAGACACCAAUGGCUUGCUUUAGAUGGGAAUAUCUUGAAGGAACAUCCUGCAGAUGUUUGGGCUAAAGAAAAUAAUAAUAAUGAACAAGGAGCUAAUGGUGAAGUCAACAUGGUUAUUGGUACUACUGUUCAUGCAUCUAUUACUGAAAAAUUACUUAAGCAUGCUGAUUGGACACCUGAUCUAGUUGCCAAACAUGUGAGAGACAGUCGAUUAGGGAAACUAGGAUUGGCUGAAGAAGCCCUUAGAAUGUACAAUACAACAUUUGCAGGUUUAGUGGCAAUGAUAUCUGAUAUACGAACAGUUUGUCCCUUGUUGACCAUCACUUUGCAAAGGCCAGGAAUACCUUUUUAUGUUGUGACUCAGACUAGACCUGAUGGUUUUGCAGAUGGUGACUCAGACGUCGAAGCUAUUUUAGGCCGAUAUGAAUCUGGAACCCCAGAACAAAGACGUUAUGUUUCGGCCAUGCAACAGUUAUUCUACUACUAUGUAUGGCAUGGUAAAAUUCCUCAACUUGAAGAAGGAUUAGGACGCGUGUUAGACAUUGGACAGGAUGUUAUACCAAAAACAAAUUACCCACAUUGUGAUUUUUGGAUAAGUAAAGAUGUUGUGCCACGGUACGCACACUUAGAUUAAUUUGUGAAACGUUAAUAUUUAAUGUGUUAAUUGUAAUAUUUAACCUCUAUUAACAAGUUUAAAAUUUUCAUAUUUAACUAUCACAAUUAUAUAA